AUGAGUUUGACUUCCAGAAUUGCCGGUGGCGCUAACUCGGGUGUUAAUCACAAUGUUGCGAAUCCAGUGCCAAAAUUAUCGGGAAAUCUUCCUCCAACUCAAGAUCCAGCUCCAGUUGUCAAUCAUUCGAGCUCAACACGAUGCUCCAGUGGCGCCUUGAUGAGUUUAUUAAACAGUGGAUUAUCAGUUCCCCGUCAAAUGAUGGUCCAAGCCCGCGGUGCGCAAGAUAAUCAGCAUAUCCCCAUACAUUUGAGCUUCGUGGGAACCAUUGGACAAGGAACAUUUGGACAGAUUGAGAAAGCUACUCUCACUGUUCCGGCAACCUCUGCCUCAAGUACACCGGGUAAAAAAAAUACCGACGCCAAUAUUCCUGAUGGGGGACAAACUUUACAGGUUGCUGUAAAGCGUGUCUUACAGGAUCCUCGCUACAAAAACCGUGAGUUAAGUAUUAUGCAACGACUCAACAACCAUCCUAAUGUUGUGAAGUUUUACUACUACUAUUACUCGACAGCUUCGUCAAAUAGUCGGGGUCAUAGGAGUGGUGGUGGGCGUACAGGCUCAUCUACUUCCGGUGUAGAUGUAUUCUUGCAUCUUGUACUGGAAUGCUUCCCUGAAAGCUUAUGUGAACUGAUAUACCGCUAUUCUCAAAGGAACCAGAAAAUACCUGCUUGUACAGUGAAGGUUUUGACGUAUCAGAUGCUGAAGUCCCUUGCUUAUUUACAUAGUCAUCAAAUAUGUCAUCGUGAUAUUAAGUCAUCUAAUUUGCUAGUUAAUGAAGAUACUAUGGUUUUAAAAGUGUGCGACUUUGGGAGUGCUAAAGAAAUGGUUCCUGGGACUGCUAAUGUAUCAUAUAUAUCCUCUCGAUAUUAUCGUGCUCCCGAGUUAUUAUUUGGAGCUCAGUAUUACUCUUGUGCGAUCGAUACUUGGAGUGGGGGAUGUGUGCUGGCUGAAAUGCUACGUCAGCAUUGUUUGUUCAUGGGAGCUGAUUCAGUAGACCAAUUGGUUAAGGUUAUCCGUGUUUUAGGCACUCCCACUCCACAAGAUAUUGCCAGUAUGAAUCCAAUGUACGGAUCUUAUAGUUUCCCAGAUGUUCAAUCUUGCCCUGUAAAAUUGUUUUUCCCACAACAUACUCCAGCUGACUUAUUGGCUCUGAUGAGUAAAAUGCUUGUUUACAAUCCAUCAUUAAGAAUUUUACCAUCUCAAGCUCUCUCUGAGCCAUGUUUUGAUGAGCUUCGUUCUGUCGGUCCACAUGGAGUACUUUCGAACCGAGUUCGUAUGCCUCCACAUAUAUUUGAUCCUGAUCCUGAACCUAAUCCUCCCACAUCAACAACAGAUGGAACAAAUCCAUCAGCAUAUAACAAUUGGUUACCAGACCAUCAUAAGCAUAGUUCAUCUAACAAGAAAUCAGGUACUAAUGUGACUGAUUUACAAGGAUCAGAUAAGAAAAACAGUAAACCAUCAUCAAAUUCUCGAGAAAUUCCUACUGAUUGGCAGCGUAAAGGUCGAGCUGUUGGUGGAUCGAACAAUUCAUCAGACAAACCUGGAUCAAUUACUACUACGACAGGUGGCAAUUGCAGUCAUUCUAACUUGGAGUCGAAAUCCAAUGAAUUAGCUAAGAACACUAAUGGAGUAAAUAAUAAUGAUGUAACAAAUAAACACCAACACCACCAACAGCAGCAGCAGCAUCUUCGAACGAAUAAUAAUAAUCAUAAUAAUAGUAACAGUAAUAAUAGUAAUAAUAAUAAUCAUAAAGGUUCAGUCGAUACAACGAAAGUUGGAACAGCGACAACAACAACAACAAUCGACGUGAAUAGUACAAAUCCAAUAGAAAAUCCCAAUUGCAAUAAUAAUGAAAAUAAUAAUAAUAAUAACAAUAAUAGCAAUAGCAUUGCUACAAAUUUACACGCAAAAUCAUUUAUACCUCCUCCUACUGCUACUGCUUCUGCUAUCCCUACUGAACAACGGACAAAUGCAAGUGAAGUACACUAG